AUGUCGAGGGCUAAAAGGAACAACAAUCGUCCCGUAACAGAUAAGGAACUGCAGGAGAUUGUAGAUAAUCUUGGGAACAGUCCAGAUCAUGAAACUGGAUAUGAAAUUGAAGAAUUUUCGGAUAGCGAAAACGAUUAUGAGACGGAGGAGGAUGAGCAAGACGAUGAACAAAGUGCUUGUGAAAGUGAACAGGGUGAUGAAAAUAACCAGAACAGUGACAAUGAAAAUGAAGAACACAGUAAAAAGGAAAGUAAACAAGCUGGUGAGAAUAACAGUGAACAAGCUAGUGGAAAUAACAGUGAACAAAACAAUGCUUAUGAGAAUGAAUAA